AUGACGUUCUCUUUUCCAGUUUCUAAUAGAGUCUAUCAUCUCGCCUGUUCUUUCUGUAGGUACGGCAACUGCUACACAUUCAACAGCGGUACCAAUGGAGUGGUGCGCACAACUACCAGGUCAGGAACUAGCUAUGGUCUUAAACUUACCCUAAACGCCGAGUCAGCAGAAUAUUUGGGUCUCUUCGGACAAAGGGUGGGCGCUAGGGUCACCCUCCAUCCGGUCAACUCCACUGCCUUCCCGGACACGGAGGGCAUCGACGCUCCUCCCGGAACUGCCUCGUCCAUCUCGGUGAGACAGGUGGUCAUCACUCGCACGCCUUGGCCGUACGGACAGAUGGACUGUACCAACAACAACGACGACUACAUGUCGCUGUACAGCGGGAAGAUCUACACCCUGCGUAUGUGUGAGAACACCUGCUUACAGUGCGCCAUCAUCAACCGGUGCCACUGCGCCACUGACAUGAUCGACCUCACACGAAAGAAGGCCAUCAGAGAAUGCUCCCCGUUGUUUGCCAACUCCACUGUCCCCGUAUGCAACAUCGCUAAAUCGCGAGUUCAAGCGUGCGUCAGGGGCUUGUGGAAGCGUUUCCAGCGAGGGGAACUCGAAUGUAAGUGUGACCAGGCCUGCAAAGAUGAAAUAUUCGAGCUCAGCCUUUCGUCCUCCUUGUGGCCGUCCGACCGGUUCGUUCCGUACAUCUUGAGAGACCUGCACAUGAUCCAGGACAUCCGGAGAAACAACCUUCCGCGGAGUAUGCAGGAGGUGAGGGACAACCUGGUCCGGGUCGAGAUUUCCUACAAGGAGCUGAACUACGAAAGCAUCGCGGAAGAGUGGAACUACAAAGAAGAGAACCUCCUCGGAGACAUGGGCGGUCUACUGGGCUUUUACAUAGGCGUAUCUAUCAUCACCAUUUGUGAGUUCGUCGACUACGUCCUGGAUCUGCUUGGACUACUCUGCAGAAAAAUCAAAAGAAGCAUAAAGAGAAGGUGAUUGAACAACAACAACAACAACAACAACUAAACUUUAGAACUUUUGGCAAUGACGGUAACUGGUACUUUAACAUUUUCGACAAUUUAUUUUUGAAUGAUCGAUAGGGUAUCAGUAGAAUGCAUUCCUCACAUUCCUAAAUGGACAAAGCCCAAAUUUCUCUUCCAAUGUUCUGCUUUAUAAUUAUUUAUCUCCCACUUUGUCCAGUCCCCUUUUCCUCUGAGGAUCAAACACUCAUCCAGAGGGCGUUACACCUUCGUGUUGACACGAGGGUAUCUUGAGCUAAUAUCCCCAGACUUUUUUUACAUUCUUUGAACUAAGCUAGCCUUGUUAAAGAUUUCAUGGGUGAAAAUAGGCCCAAAGACAAUGUUGUUUGGCCUUUCAGGAAUGCAUUCUACUGACUCCCUAUAUACUAAAUGAAAUACGCAAUGUACAGAUACUAGUAACUCUCUCAUGAUGUAAGAAGUGCAGAAGAUUAUAGGCCCUUGAAUUUAACAAGCUAAGAGAAGCUUUCCAUAUGAUCAUGACUCGUCAUGAUUUUUUCAGAUGACGCUAUUGUAAAAGAUAGUUGUGGAGGAAAAUCUGCUCGCAACUACUGUUUUCUAGGUUUGAGCUAUUGUCACCCUUAAGAUCGUUAAAAUGGCAGAUUCAAGAAAUGUGAAGAAGUCUGGGGGUAUUGCUCAAGAUACUCUCCUGUCAAGAAUAACGCCCUCCGGCUGGGUGUUUGGUCCUAAGUAGCUGUUGGAACGGCAACACUUUGAGAUGUGAUCGGUAGAAGUCGCUUCUACACUGUACUGAGGUACCGAUGCAGUUGUGAAGGGGUGUGGGCUUAAUGUUAUGAGUCUUUACAUGUUGGACCACUUGAGCUUGAUCUUAUGGAUGACAAUUUCUACAAGAAUAUUCCUUGCAGUAUUAAAACAAGCUGCUAAGGAGCUCAAAACUGCUUCUUUUCGACCCCAAAAGCUAUGUAUCUGCCGCCCAAAAGGCAAGUCCACAGCGCCCAUAUCCAGAGCGGGACGUAUUAAAACUGGACGCCCAAUGCAACCCACAGGGAAAGCUGCCAGGAGGCAAAAAACUUUAAAUCUUCUCAUUCCAUAUGAAGGCAUAUCAUGAACAAUACUUUGACAAUACAUAUGCAUCAAAUGUACAAUAUAUUUACUUGACAAUCGGGCAAAUAAGAAAAGAAAAUGAAACUAUAGAAUCUAAAGCAUAGAAUUGCCUUAUAUCGUUGGUCAUUGUAAAAAGAUGAUGUUGUCCUUGCAAAGCAGCGCUAAAUGAUAAUCUACGUCAUCCUUAAGACAAAGACUGUGUGACCAAAGUAUGUCGAUCGUGAUGUCAUUAAGUAUUAGCCAAUCAGUGUGCGUGUUCGUACCUGUAUCAUGCAUCGGACGUCAGGCAUUGUAUGUGUACUUUACGUUUGUUAGUUGGUUACUUUGUUUGUGGACAGGAUGAGUCUAUGGAAUACGAAUUUUCAAUAAUUUGACAUGAGUAAAAAUGUCAUUAGUGGAAACAUCUGUUUUCCGGCCAUAUGAUGAAGAAUAUGUUGAAUUUGCCAGAUAGUGAGCCUAUCAAUGAGGUGGUUUGAUAUCAGCGGUUUUGUAACACAUGUGGGGAUGACCACUGAAUCAUAACAUAAAAGAUAGGAAAUAUAACACACUAAACAGUGUAGCGGGUCAGUUGUAAUCGAGGCAGACUGAAGGAAUAAUUUCGUCCACAAACAAAGGAACUCCAUGAUGGUAAAUUGUAAGAGAUAAGUACCACUUUACGUGAAGUGCUUUACUUGAUACGUGUUGAUUAGGAGUGGGUACCGGUACGGUGUACCGAUGCAAAACCGGUUUUUCUUGUUGGCCCGGACCGGACAAACGGGAACUGACAAAAAUCAUCAGUGGACCAAAUGUCGGAUCUAAUAGAAAAUGAACAGAUCAUGCCGGCACCUCGGUGGCUGGCGUUCAUGUGUUUUGGGGCUUAUUGGUCAAAGAAAAUAGCAAGAGUGAAGUAGAGGAGAGCUAAUAGUCAUUUUCAGAGGCAGAUUCCUUUGUAGUGAAAUGGACCAAUGUUUUGAGUCAUUCACAAACAAUUAGAUUAUAGGUCCGGACCUGGACCAGAUCCUCUGGACCUGAAACGAACCUGUAUCUGAAUUAUCUGUACCGGUACCGACCCCUAGUGUCUGCUGUAUACCCGUAUUAGCUGUAUAUGUAUAACGUUAUCUCUGAACGUUAUGUAUUUCGUAUAAUGUUGUAUCACAUGCCCUGCAAUCAUAACGUUUAGUGGUAGAGGUUGCGCAUUAAUUCUGAGCACUUUUUCCCCAUUGAUGUAAUAGCUAUUAUGCCCCUGUCACAUAGUAUAAACAUCGAUAAGCUGGCGAGUAUACAAGCUCUAAAUAACAUAAAAUAGCAGUAUUACGACCGAUGUUCUCUCGAUAAUUGCUACAUUUUUAGGGAUCGACUGAUAUCACAGGUCUCUAAUCCUCGUCCACUGUGAUGGGGUAUAUUUUCGGGUGAAAAACACUGUCGAGUCGUUUUAAAUUCGGUGACUUUGGGGCGAAAAACAAACACCGAAGGUCGUGAACUAUGUGACAGGGGUUCUAUACUUGUCAAUAUAGGGUGUUUAUAAUUACUUGACUCAUGUAAACCAACCAACAUAGCAGAGGCGAGAAAAAACGGCGAGGGUAUUUUGUGGAAAAUGUUUGAAACGAAUAUUUUUCUAACCGGUCAACAUGCAUGUAUUUGUCAUUGGGCAGCAUUAGGGAGUAUUUUAACCAAAAAAAUAAGGUCACUAACCAUUCCGAGUUAGCAUUUGUAGCGACAUGAAUUAUGGGUAAUAGGUCAAAGGUGAAGACACCUGACUUGUGAAGACCAUGACAGUUCUAUUGAUACUACAUCCAUAUUCUGGUCUUGACAUCAUCAGCAGUCUUGACUUUUGUCUCGACUUGCCGUGAAUAUCCAGACCUGUUUUGUUUAUGUCUUCACCUUUGAUAUAUUACCCACAAUUCAUGCUGGUCAUCAUAGCGCCGACCAUCUCCAAAUGUAGACAGCUAGGCAAAAUAGACAUGAAUAUGCAAAUACAUUUGUAUUGGCGGACAUGCAGCCAUUUUCUCAUUGGUCAAACCGGUAAUUGCCAUGCUAUCAUUGGAUGAACUGUUAUUUGUUAUUGUACUGUAU